AUGUUGGAUCAUCCCAAUCAACUUGAAGACGACGACAACCUCGCUGUCACGAUUGCUGCGAUGGAAAUAGCUGAAAGAGAAGAGGCUGCGAUUCGGCUUAAUGGUCGAAGACCGAACCCUCCGAGACCCGUGAGACCGGCGCGACAAGGAUUGACCUGCCAGAACAACCACACCACCCAGAACGUCCAGAGUAUCCCGACCACCCAGAGCCGCCAGACCUGCGCGAGAAGCGAGACCGGUAAUGCCGAGAAUCGCAAGGACCGAAAGACCUGCAAGGCCCUCAAGGUCAGAGAGACACCGAGUAUUGGUAGUUGUGAACGGUCAGCUUCUGCAUGA